GUUUUAGACAACAUUUUCCGCGUGUGGUUGGGAUUGUUCGGCGCCGUAAAAAAGCGUUCGGACGUGGUCGGAGCUUCUCUGCAUGGCGGUUUGCUUCCGAGGGAGUACGGCAAAGAUAUCUACCGUCGUUGUUCUUCCCUCAUCCAACUCUCGGCGUUUCCGUGACAUGAGAAACGGAGGUUAAUGGGGAGAUUAACAAAAGCUUUUCUGGCCAUCUUUCUCGUUGUUCUUGUUUGCGUCUCCGUUGAGAUUAUCGCUCGUGACGGUGCCAAUCGCUUACGAUCCUCUGUUUCCGAGGAGGCUCAUGGCGUCGACAUGGCAGAGCAAACAAAGAUACAUUGUCGAAAAGAACUCAAAGAUGAGAACAAAGACUGUCUUGUCUACAUCUCUCGCGAAGCAGCAGCAGCAAAUGGGUACCUAAAGCUAUCCGUCUUAACCGGUUAUCGGCAUUGGUUUGGACCUCUCCUUGAUUCUACUACAAGCUAUCCAAGAAGAAAGCUGAUCAGUAAGAAAAAGAAGUUCACAGUAUCUGCUCCAAACUUCGCCCUUGGUCCUGCACCACGUCUCACUCCGGGUCCCGCUCCAACCUCUCGAAAUUAUGACCGUGCACCUUCAACCUCUCCAUCUCAACCUUCUUCACAUUCGCCACCCGAUGAAUCAAACUCUGCUCCGGUUAAGAGAAAACCGAGCGUUGUUGCUCCUAGUCCAAGUGUUGUUCUAUCACCGGCGAAGAAAUAUGAUAUUUUGAUGGAACUUAUCAUUGCUGUUGCUUCAACAGCUGUAUUAACCUUCUUUCUAGUUGCAUUGCUCUUCCUAUGUUGCUUCAGACGCAACCGCGGUCCUAGAGAUGGACCAAGAGACGAAGGACAGUUUCUACAUCUAGUUGAUUUAUCACCUGGAUCAAAUGAGACAUCUCCCGCAGUCGCAAACCCAAGCAGAAGAUUUUUCAGUGCUAGUUCCAAAAAGAAAUCGUUUCUUUCUAGAAUGUCUCUAAAGAGAACUACUGGUCAUGAUCAGUUAUCAACAGCUCAAGCGUCCACAUCCUCAGGACAUCCUCCUCCAUUAAAGCUUCCCCCGGGAAGAACAGCAGCUCCUCCUCCUCCUGCACCUCCACAGCCGCCGCCACCUCCUAAAUCAAAGCCUCCUCCACCACCUAAACUUGUUCGUCCUCCACCUGCACCACCUAAAGGUGCGGCUGGAAAGCGCCAAGGUCAUAGUUCCUCUGGAGAUGCUUCUGAUGUUGAUUCUGAGACCGGAGCUGCAAAGACAAAACUAAAACCGUUUUUCUGGGAUAAAAUGGCUAACCCUGACCAGAAAAUGGUUUGGCAUGAGAUCAGCGCCGGCUCAUUCCAGUUCAACGAAGAGGCGAUGGAGUCACUGUUUGGUUACAAUGAUGGGAACAAAAACAAGAGUGGUCAAAGAGGAGAAUCAUCUAGAGACUCUCCUGUCCAGUAUAUACAGAUCAUUGAUCCAAGGAAAGCUCAGAACUUAUCUAUUCUUCUCCGAGCUUUGAAUGUAACAACCGAGGAAGUGGUCGAGGCCAUUAAAGAAGGUAAUGAGCUCCCGGUGGAGCUCCUCCAAACGUUGCUGAAGAUGGCUCCAACUACAGAAGAGGAACUCAAACUUAGACUAUACUCAGGAGAUGUUAACCUUCUUGGCCCUGCAGAGAGGUUUUUGAAGAUUCUUGUUGAUAUACCUUUUGCAUUCAAACGUAUAGAGUCUCUUCUGUUCAUGAUCUCACUUCAGGAAGAAGUCUCUGGCAUCAAAGAAUCACUCUCUACUCUCGAGGUGGCUUGCAAGAAACUGAGGAACAGCAGACUGUUCCUGAAACUACUAGAGGCAGUUCUCAAGACAGGAAACCGAAUGAAUGUCGGAACCUUCCGUGGUGACGCACAAGCUUUCAAACUAGACACGCUCUUGAAACUAUCUGACGUCAAAGGAACAGAUGGUAAAACCACACUCUUGAACUUCGUUGUCCUUGAGAUCAUUCGUUCCGAAGGAGUUCGUGCUCUCCGCCUCCAAAGCAAAAGCUUCUCGAGCGUUAGAACAGAGGAGGACACCAACAACAACAGCACAGACUCAAGUCCACAAUCAGUGGAGCGUUACCGAAGCACGGGACUCCAAGUGGUUUCGGGAUUAACAACAGAGCUUGAAGAUGUCAAGAGAGCAGCGGUCAUAGACGCUGAUGGAUUAGCUGCGACGCUGACGAAUCUAAGCGGCUCGCUGACGAACGCGAGGGAGUUUUUGAAGUCGAUGGAGGAAGAGAGCGACUUCGAGAAAGCUUUAGCUGGGUUUAUAGAACGUGCGGAUGCUGACAUAAAAUGGAUGAAGGAAGAAGAAGAGAGGAUCAUGGCGUUGGUCAAAAGCUCUGCCGAUUAUUUCCAUGGCAAGUCUGCUAAGAACGAAGGGUUGCGUUUGUUUGCUAUAGUGCGUGAUUUCUUGAUCAUGUUGGAGAAAGUUUGUAGACAAAUUAAGGAAACUACGACAUCAGCUACGAAGACAAGGACUCAUUCGGGCAAGAAAGAAACUCAAGUGAUGAUGAUGCAGGAUAGUAAUCAACCGUCGACGGAUAACAUUCAACAUCGUUUGUUUCCGGCGAUUGCUGAACGGAGAGAUGACAGUUCCGAUGAUUCAGACGAUGAGUAGUUCUUCAUCUUCUUAGUUGUUUUAUGACUUUUAUCUUCCGGCUAAACUUACUGUAAUACACGCUGUUUGGUCAUAGCAAAUUAUUCACACCAAACUGUAACAAUAUUAUAAUAUACUUAUAUGCAUCUAUU